UAGAUGACAGCUGUAUUCUUUAAUUCUAUAGAGGUUAUGUUAAUGUUUGUAUUGUGUUGUGCUGUUAUUAUAAUAAUUCUCUGAGAGUUGAUAGAUAAGGACUGUUAUUAAAAUACUACAAAUUCUCACAACUGAUAAUAAUGGCACCAGGUAAAAAAGGCCAUGUACACGGCAAACGUUCAAAUCAACAUGUGAAGAGGGAAUAUGCAGAGAGAUUGAGCGAAUUGCGAUUAGAUUCCUCAGAGGAAAGUAGUUCUGAUGGCAGUGACUCUGAUGGCGAAGGUAUAGCACCGGCUUUCCCAGUGAGCAUGUGGGACCUCAACCACUGCGAUCCUAAGAAGUGUUCAGGUCGGAAACUUGCACGACAUAACCUCAUCAAGAAUUUAAAACUUGGCCAACAGUUUCGUGGACUCGUAUUGUCACCAGUCGGCAAGCAGUGCGUUAGCCCAAAUGAUAAGGACAUUAUUGAAAAGUUCGGACUAGCAGUUAUUGAUUGUUCAUGGGCUAAAAUUGACGAAACUCCCUUCGAUAGAAUGAAGUCACCAAAUCCGAGAUUACUACCGUUUUUAGUUGCUGCAAACCCUAUUAACUAUGGAAAGCCUUACCAAUUAAGUUGUGUGGAAGCUUUAGCAGCGGCAAUGGUUAUUACUGGGCAUAAACAAGAAGCAAGGUUUUAUUUAUCGAAGUUUUCAUGGGGGCAUUCAUUCUUAGAACUGAAUUCAGAAGCUCUUGAUUUGUAUGCUGCGUGCACUGACAGUAAAAGUGUUUUAGAAGCACAGGAAAAAUAUUUAGACAGUGUGAGAAAUGAGAAAGAUGACCGAGAGAUGUGGCCGCCAAGUGAAUCUGAAACUGAAUCUGAGGAAGAUAGUGCAAAAUAGUUGAUUUAACUAUGUUUAAAGUGUAUAUAAGUAAAAUGUCUGUAUUUAUAAAAUAAAUUAAGUAUAUGAUACAAUUUACUUUAGGGGUGUUUAUAACAAAAUGUUUAAGAAUAAACUGUUUAAGAUAUUCUAUUUCUCCGUGAUUAUAUGUGAUGAAUAAUAAUUGAUUGGUUUCAGUCUAAUGAUUUUAACUUUUAAAUAUUUAUAUAACUUAUAAUCAAGCUCUUUAUGUGCAGCAUAUUUACCGUUAUUAACUUUUGCAACCAAUGAUGUGCAACAAAGUCACAUUUCAUAAGUAUUGUGAGUUUAAUGGUUACUUGUUAAUACUUUAAAUAGAUACUUCACAUCCACAUAAAUUAACCUUGUAUGAUAUCUAUAAAAACAUAAUGUUGAUGUGGAUGCUGCAUGGUUACUGCAAUGUUACUAUUUGUAAUUUAUAAUGAUAUGAACUGGACUUCUUGGAAGAGUAUUUUAUUUUGUAUACCUAGCUACCUAAAAAACUUUUUAUUGAAUAAAGAUAAUAAUACUGCAAAAAAAGACUA